CCAUCAAGAACACGAAAGUAAAGCAAAUAAUCUAGCACAAGAUGGUGGGUCAGUGGACGGUGACGAAGCCAAGUCGGAGCGACCAAGUGUUGGAUGCCGACGAACAGCUCAGGAUCGCCAACCAGAUCAAAGCUCAGUUCGACUCUGCAGCCCCAAAGCGACCCAUCAAGCCGAAUCGAAGCGAACCCGAUUCCCCAACUCCAGCUCUCUCCGUCGUUGACCAACCCAACAUUCCUGAGCUUCACAAGCUUCGAACUUUACAGUCUCAGUCCCAUGUCAUAAUCUCAGAUGAGGGAGCUAACACCAUGGUACAAGAUGAGUUUGUGGACACCCAAUAUUACAAGGAACUGAAUUCUAUUGACAAACAGCAUCACAUGACUGGAACUGGGUUUAUAAGGGUGGAGAGGGAAGAAGAGGGAAGCUAUGAUAUACAGUUAACUGGAAUUCAUGGUGGUUCAAUUGGUAUAGUGCCGAGUGGUUUCAGAAGCAAUCCGGCAACAAAUGACUGGAUUCCCAAGACUGAUGAAGAUAUGGUCUUCAUUUCUUCAAAGCCAAAUCGAAGCGAGAACUGAAAGCUGUUACCUGUGUUGUAUAUCAAUGUACCUUUUUUUUUUAAUGAAAAUGAAAUGUUGUCCUGGACUCAUUGUCAUAGCUCACUGUCAAUAACUAGAUAAGUUUUUUUUCGAUGAGGACUAGAUAAGUUUGAAUUUGAGGGAAGCUUCAAGAUCUUUAUCUUGGACAUAAAAAAUUAGCCUGCGAAGAUGUGCACCUAUUUACUAUUAUUGUGUU